AUGCACGAUUCCGUCAACGAUUUCUGGGCCGCGUGUAGCGGCUGCGGUGUCACCAGCAAGAGGCUGUCCAUCCACAAGACGGCAAUGGCUGCCUCGCCUAUCGGUCUCGUUGCCGGCGAGUCGGCCAAGCACGGAAGUCCGCUCAUUAGCGUUCCAUACAACUCCGUCUUUAAUGGGCAAACGCUUAGAGGGGACGUACUGCCUCGCGCGCUUCCAUCGCUUCGAAAGAUGUUGCUGUUCUUGACGCGGCGAGGUCGAAUGGGUGUGGUCACCGCACACAGCUUGUGGCUCGCGUGCUUUGUGGCGUGCUAUCGUCAGCAGUGCGCCGUUACCAACGAUGCAGAGCGGUGGUUGCUACAGCCACUGCUGAGUAGCACUGUGUAUCCCCCGCUGCCGAACCUCUUUUCUGAAAGCAAUAAGUUUGCGUGCCCUUCUUUGCGUGCCAGCUCUGCAGCAGAGUUGGAAGUGAUGGAGAGGCGUGUACAGGACGAGCUCGACUUGACCUACUCGAUGCUCCGACACUACAUGAAGCGCCGCGGUGUGUCGUCGAAGCUGCGCCCGAGCAGGGAUAUGCUGGUACAGGCGCACCGCACGGUCAUGCAGCGCGCACUGCUGUUGCCGUGGAACGGGGAGCCAUCCGCUCCGGCGGAGCUUUCCGAGUUGAUUGAGACAUCACCCGACCUUCCCCUCUUUCCGUCUCUCGUGCCUGCGAUUGAUCUGAUACGGGCGGCCCCUCUGCACUCCCGCGCCGAGGCAGAGGAGGAUGCAGAAGCACAGAGCAGCGGCAACUGCGCCAUCUUUACGUGCGUACAGUCGGACUUUUUGUCUUCGUCGAGCAGGCGUCGGGUGAUUGUGGAGACGGCGCCGCUGGCGGCCCGCCGGGUGGUGGUUUGCGCUACGAAGCCACUCAAGCAGGGCACGGAGCUGCUGAUGGAAUUUGAGUAG